AUGUCGACGGCUGUUGCGCUGGACGGACGGUCUUUGCUUGGGAAGGGCGGCUUCGGGACCGUGCAGACCGUGGUGCACAAGGAGACUCGAAAGAAGUUCGCCCUAAAGGUGGGUGCCGCGGUGGAGCUAUCUCGGGUGAAGGACGAAAAGAGCCUGAACUUCUUCUUCAGGGAGGUGGAGGUUAUGCGGCAACUGGACCACCCCAACAUCUGUCGGCUGCACGCCGUGUACCCGACGGUUGAACACCUCUUCAUGGUGAUGGUGCUGUAUCCAGGAGUUGAAAACAGCUUUUGUACCUCCCACGAACAUCGACUCCUACAGGAUCUGUGUGAGGGUGGGGAUCUGCUGACGACCUACCACUUCAAGAGCGAGCGGAAUGCGGCCAACAUUAUUCUCAAAGUGACCAACGCCGUGCGGUAUAUGCACGACAGGAACAUCGCGCAUCGCGACCUGAAGCUGGACAACAUUUUGACAGACGAGACCAAGGAAGGGGCGGACGUUAAGCUCGUCGACUUCGGGCUGUCGGCACACUUCAAGGACUUCCAGCUAGAGCACGACGUCGUCGGCACCUGGGUGUACAUGGCCCCCGAGGUUAUCAGCGGCUCCCACUUCCCGCGGACGUGCGACAUGUGGAGCAUCGGUGUCAUCGCCUACCUGCUGCUGUGCGGAUACCCGCCCUUCGGAGGGACCAGCACUGCCGAGCUUAAGGACCAAAUCCAGCACGGCACCUACCAGUUUCACCACGAUGCUUGGUCCGACAUCAGCGGCAAGGCCAAGAACUUCAUCAAACGCCUGCUGGUUAGAAACCCACAAGAGCGCAUGAGCGCGGCAGAGGCACAACAUCAUCCUUGGCUCAAUGACCACGACCCCAGCGGGAAGGACAGCAAGCUGUCGAAGGCCGCCGUUCAUAACCUCGUCAACUUUCGACAGACGAACGCCCUCAAGAAGCUAGCGCUGGAGCUGGUCGCGAGGUCUUUGGACGUCGAACAAAUCAGAAAACUGGAAAAAGACUUCGCAAAGGUGAAGAGGAUAGGGUGUUUUCAUGUUCACGUAAAAGGCAUGCCGUAG